UUGUGCUCCCUCCACUGGCCUCCAAGAUGUCUGGUAUCGCUCUCCGUCGUAGCGCUAGACUCGUUACAUCUAAUUCUGUGAGCAUAACACACACAUCAGUGCCUACAACAAACCACCGCAGUGAGCGCGAUUUGAGCGAGCUUAGCGAGCUCGACUCGGAGCCUGAGCUCAGUCCAAGACCGGUCAAACGUGCCAGGAAAGCCACAGCAUCUGCGGCCGCAAAUGGGGCGUCUCAACUGCAAGGAUCCUCACAGGAUACGCUGGCCACGUUGCCAGUAAACAUAGAGCCUACGGAGCCCACAAAGAAACCCAGGACACGAAGAAAAGGCCCUCCACCAGAGCCAAAACCGGAGGAUUUCAUGGCGAGGACGACGAAUCGCUGGAAGGUGGGGCCACACGUAUCAGCCGCUGGCGGAGUAGAGAACGCUAUAGUCAACGCUGCCUCCGUAGGAGCGAAUGCGUUCGCGCUGUUCCUCAAGUCACAGCGCAAAUGGACGUCUCCAGACAUGAAAGAAAUCUCUAUAUCUGCAUUCAAAGCGCGAAUGAAGACAUUUGGGUACUCAGCUUCCCACAUCCUACCCCACGGAAGCUACCUCGUCAACUUGGGUAACCCUGACGAGAAGAAGCGCGAACAGUCGUAUGAAUGCUUCCUUGAUGACUUGAAACGAUGUGAGGAGCUCGGCCUGCAUUUGUACAACUUCCAUCCUGGCUCAACUGUAGGCGUAGCCACAAAGGACGAGUCGCUAUCGCUCAUUGCCGGCUGCAUCAAUCGUGCGCACAAAGACACCGAGCGGGUGGUGAUCGUACUCGAGAAUAUGGCAGGGUCAGGCAAUGUGAUCGGUUCGACUUUCGCCGAGCUUGGAGGGGUCAUCACACAAGUAGAAGACAAGAGCCGGGUCGGCGUCUGCUUGGAUACAUGCCAUAUGUUUGCGGCCGGCUAUGACAUCCGGACGAAUGAAGGCUGGAACGAAACAAUGGCCGAGUUUGAGCGCGACGUCGGGCUGCAAUACCUCCGCGGUAUGCAUCUGAACGACUCCAAAGGGACGCUAGGGAGCAAGAAAGACAGACACCAAAACAUCGGACUCGGUGAGCUCGGCCUCGCCACCUUCGCGCACGUCCUCUCCGACCCACGCACGCGCGACCUCCCGUUGAUACUCGAGACCCCUGCAUAUGACGAGCCAGGCACCAGUGCGAGCCGACUUGGGAAGGAGGGCAUGGACGUCUGGCGGAAGGAAGUUGAGGUACUCAACCGGUUCGGAAAUGGCGUUCAUGGAGAGGGAGAGGAAGCGAAGAUGUAUGACUGGACGGAAGAGAUACGCGAAGUUGUGCAGGCAGCGAGUCGCAAGCACGAUGCGAAGGGGAAGAGCGUGAAGGGAGUGGAGGCAGGAGGACGGAAGCGGAAGGCGGGGAAGCGGAAGAGGGGGGCGAAGGAUGCUGAAGAGGAGGAGGAUGGCGGUGAUGAUCAUUGCGAGAGCUGUAGCGAGGAAGGCUAAUCAGUUUCUGGGAUCCUCUCGUAUCACUUGAUUCAUCUACGAGUUAGCUUUACCGUCCCCAGCCUGACGAAAGGCGCCGCGUCGUCGAACGACCUGGCGACCGCACUGGUGCGUCGGCUUUGAAAGGAUAGAUAGAGUAACCUGCGAUAACCACCGUGUUGAUUGCCGUGAA